AUGCAAUAUACACAAUAUGUGAGUGUUUGUAUAUCUGACACUGUUAAUAAGUCNCACGAACCACAUCACUACCCCAAAUACGCUUUCGAUUAUGGUGUUAAGGACGCACAUACUGGCGAUCACAAGAGUCAAUGGGAACAGCGUGACGGCGAUAAGGUUAAGGGCGGCUACACACUGGCCGAAGCCGAUGGCACUACCCGCGUCGUGGAAUACACAGCCGAUGAUCAUAAUGGCUUCAACGCCGUCGUAAAGAAGAUCGGACAUGCGCACCACCCUCACGUGCAUUACAACCAAGAAGGCUAUGGUUAUGAGGAACAUGGACAUUAUCCCCUUGGACAUGCCAGCAGUUAUGUGGAAAUCAAAGAACACCAUUAA